GUCAAUAAACAACGCAAACGCGCGUUUUGUAAAGCCGCUGUUUAAACAACGUUCACCUCAUUUUAGUAUUAAUUAUAAUGAUUAUGACUUGAAGUCGGAGUACAGUGUAUUAAAAACUACAAAAAUGAUAAGAGUCACUCACAAACUGGACUAUUUACGGCUAGCCGAGCUCGACAAUGGUUGGGUGGAAGCUAUCUACUUUUCAGAGUUCCUCGAGUUUGGAGAGUUUCCUGAACAAUAUGCACUCAUUCUGGAGAAUGUGGAGAUUCGGUCAGUUUUUCGUAAAAUUAUGUCAGCCGUGGACGAAUGGCUCAGGGACUCUAGCACUGAAGAAGAGAAAUCAUGGGCUUUGUUAUCACGUGAAGUGAACCCUCGGAAGUUGCUAGCAUUUUUAGCAUAUUACAUUGAUAAUGGGAGUAAGAAUAUUAUGUCUCACGAACACCGGAACACUGCUCUGCUGGCUGCGCGUGUGUACUUCAAGAUGCUGUCUAUCCCAGGGUACAAGGCCUAUCACAUUUAUCAUUCCCAACUGUUUGCACAGUCCUUAGGAUGCCUUGGUUAUCCGAAAAUAAUUUGCGAAAAUGAGGACAACUAUUUCAACUUGAAGCAAUUGACCCGGGAGGUGAAUUCUGUGAUUAAAGAAGUAGCAUCAUUUGUGAAAGCUCUUAGAGCGGUCAUUGAAGCCCUGCAUUUGAACCCAACUGACAUGAAUUUUGAAGAUAUUCUGAGUAACCUGGUGGAGUUUACUGGUGGUGCUAUUGUCAACAAACUUGAUAUAGACAAAAUAGAACUGGCCAACAUUUCCCAAGUAAUUUACGAGAUGAUAGAUAUACUCUUGUGCGACUCGAACGGGGAUCCUAAACCUGACGCCAUCCAGCUGUUGUUUAAAUGUCUGCUGCCAAAACUAGUAGCCGCCUCCGUUGACAACAAAAGUGCCAAUAACUUAGUCAGAGCAUCAUAUGUGACUUACUCGGGUUUGAUACUGACCAAGUAUGGCAACUCAGCCCUCUCCGCGUUCAUCACUCUUCUACAGCAUCUCUGCUAUACCUGCGAUGGUUUGGAGCGUGCAGAAGUCCGGUCAGCCCGCGUGUCCCUAGUGAUUGGUCUGAUGAGUAUUCUGCCUCAGAAGUCGUACCGCUUCAUCGUCCGCUGGAUCCUCAAGUUGUCCAACACAGCCAAAGUGUCGCAUCGGCAAAUUUCCCUGGAAUUGAUUGGGCAGUUGUUAAACAACGAUCCAGAAGAAUCUGUCGCACCUCCGCCUCCGACAGAGCCACCAGCAGCUGUAUCAUCGGAAAAUCAAGACUCUGUCGAUCCAUCGUCAAACCCACCAGAAAACGCUGACACUACCGCCGCUCCAUCUAAUAAUCAAGAAGAUUCAGAGAAACAAAACAUAACAGCAACAAACGUUCAGACCUCCACACCUUUGCCGAACUGUUACGUUGUUUUAUCAAGGUCUCCUGCCAUUGAAAAUGCAACAAAAACAGUUCACUAUGACCCUACUCCAGGACCAUCUUGUUCUCAAAAUAUUGCACCGAUUGAUGACCCAAUGUCAGGCGAUCCCACUCCCGGACCGUCUGGUACUCAAAAUACUGCACCAAUAAGCCCAGUACCAGGUCCAUUGGGCUUUCAAAUCAAUGAGUCAUCUCAAAGCACUGACUCGAUAGGACCAGAGGUUUUUGACUCUGGGAUACAAGAUCCUACAACGGGUCUUGACACCGAGUGUGAUGAUUACAUUAUGUCUUUACUUAACAACGAGAAUCUGCCAGAUCUGCCCGGGCCUAUAGAGCUUGGUGAUAUAGAUCUCCAAUUUGCUAUGUUUAACGAACUUAACAAUCAAAUUAAUGAAGCUAAUCAGGUUGAACCGGCUACGCCUGUCAAAGAUGUGACUGUUGAAUUGGCUACGUCUGCCAAAGAGGUGACAGUUGAACCGGCCACGCCUGUGAAAGAGGAUCCACCGAUUGAGGCUACUCCGCAAAAGAAAAAGAGCAAGAGUAAAAAAGGUCGAGCGCCCUCUCUCUCUAAGGCCCCGGAACCCGUGCCGAUGGAUGAUGAGAGCAGCCAAGAACAUAAUCCUGACAUAAUAGCCGAGGAUGACAUCGCAGGCCUGCUCCGCCAGCGCCCGCACACCGUACCCCACGCCGAGCUAUUGCGAGCCGUGUAUGACCGCGUCAACGACGUCUCAAGUACGCUCCGAACGCGCGCGCUCGCGUUGCUUAGCGACUGUCUUGCGAGCGCACGCUCGCCGCUUCGACAAGCGGUUUCAGAGCUGAACGGAUCCGGCGCGGUGUCCCGCCUCAUGGUGGUGGCGGCGCGCUGCGUGAGCGACGAGCGCGCCGCCGUGCGCAAGGCGGCCGUCUCGCUCGUGCACCGAGAACUCGGCGACGGACCGCCGCCGCAGCCUAACGACCUUGGGAUCAUAGUGAGCUUGUGCCGCGACGCGAGUAUAAUCGUCCGUUCGGCGGCCAUCGCUUCGCUCGGCGAGAUAGUAGUGAAACGACCGAGCGACGACGUGUUUGACGCGUUCCUCGCGGGGCCCAUGCAUCAGAUGAGCGACCCCGAGACCAAGGUGCAAGAGCUAGUAGUAAACCUGAUGCAGCAAGUAGCCUUCGACCGCCUCCAAAAACAGACAUCUUUAGCAGCCGAGAGCCCACUCCCGUGGCAGUUCCUGGCGGCCAUUACGAGGCAUAAUAUGAGGCGGCACCUGCAGAAGGCGUGCGCGCUGCUCGCUAAGACUUCCAAGUGCAUUAACCACCGCGUCGUGGACGCAGUCAGCACGCACCUAGGCGUUCAGGGCGACGAACGCGACCUGCAAUGCCUAGUGCUUCUAACGAGCAUCGCGCGACUUGUCGACUAUUCUGAUGUCACCUUCAUACUAGACUACUACUACAACCUGGUUGAUAACACGCAGGGUCGUGACCAGCGCCUGAAACCGCUGACUUUAGAACUCCUAACUCUGUGGUCGCGCUACCUAACACCGGCCGCUCGCACGGCGCUGCGGGAACACCUCGCCGCGCGCCUCGCCACCGACUCGGGAGAGGACGGUUGCCGGAUACCCAGUGCUACGCUUGCCGCACAUUUGGACCCUACCAACUUGCAGUGGGCUAACGAAUUACUACAACUGUCGGAGAAGCGAGCCCUGAGCGGCGGCGGCGUGUCGGAGUGGGUGCGCGCCGCCGACCUGUCGCUGGUGGCGCCCGCGCCGCCCUCGCCCGCGCUGCUCAACCUGUUCCUCGCCGCGCUGCAGGACCCGCCGCCAGAGUGGACGGCUGCGUGUCACGGCGCCGCGGUGGCGGGCUUGGGGCGGCUGUGCGUGCGCUCGCGCGCCGCCGCCGCCGCCGCCGCGCCCGCGCUGGCCGCCAUCUUGCACUCCUCCGCGCACGCGCUGCAGGCCCGGGUCAACGCGCUGCUCGCUCUCGCCGACAUUUGCGUCAGAUACACCAACAUAGUGGAGCCGUUGCUAGGCAACGUGUCGAUGUGCCUCAACGUGUCGGCCCCGGCGGCGCUGCGGCGCUCCGCGGCGCGCUCGCUCACGCGACUCCUCUUGGCCGGGUUCCUGCGGCUGCGGCCGCCGCUCUACUACCGGUACUGCGCAUUGCUGGCGGACUCCGACGCCGACGUGCGCGAACCGGCCGAGUACUACCUGACGAGCUGCCUCACGUCCGACGCCAUCUACCACCACUUCGUCGACUGCAUCAAGCACUACAACAGCUCCCGAUCAGAGAGUAUAUCGUUCGACGCGCGCCAGCUAAUCUACGACGUGAUGCUGCAGCGAUUCUCCAUCGUCCAGAAGCUGAACGUUCAAUGUCGACUAGCUCGAGAGGUGCUCGAGAACGCGGCUGAGUGGAUCGAGGAGAACGGUGAGGAGAACAAGCCGGGAGGGCCGACGUUCGAGCCGGACAUGGCCGCCACGUUGCUCGACACCAUCACGCUGCUCUGCGGGGCCCGCAUGAAGCUGCCCAAAAAACCUGAUAAGACUGGUGACGUAGCGGACAUAGACGACCUUCAGGAGAGAGUCACCACCAACAUUGUGUCGCAUAAAAUGAAGCGCACCGUAGCCGAGGUGCUGGUGCCCGCCGUACUCCGCCUCCACGCCAAGGUGAAGUACGGACAGAUCUCCACCUACCUCGUGCGCAUCGCCAACGAGCUGCUCGUCGACUACCGGCAGGAGAUCGAGGAGCUGAUCGAGAACGACGAAACUCUAGUCGAGCGCAUGAAGACGUUCCAGGACCUGAUCGGAGUGGACAAGAUGCCGGUGUUCGGCAACACCCGCAACCUGGUCACCACGUCGGCGCCGCCCGAGCCCGACACGCCGCGCGCGCCGCGCCGCCGCGUCGCCAGCCGCGCCCAAGGCCCGCCGCGCAAGCGCGCGCUCAGGAUAUGACCCCGU